AUGUUAAGAGGACAGUCUACGGGUGUUGCCACAGUUGUCUUUAAACGUGCUGGAACUGCCAGAAAGGCCGUUGCUAAGUAUAACAACGCACCUAUUGAUGGCAAGAGAAAGACUUUGAAAUUGGAGUUGGUCGUUGAUCCUCAGCAGAAAUCUUUAGCUGCUAGAAUCACUCCUAAUGUUAUUGUCAAUGCAAGCUCGCUGAGAACGAGAUUACAAUCGAAGAGAGUCACCAGAAGGGCUCCUGUCAAGCCUGUCAAAAAAGCACCUAAGAAAGUUGCCAAGGCCAAACCAAAAAAUCACAAGAAGACUGUCGCCGAGUUGGAUCAAGAGAUGGCUGAUUAUUUUGCUAACGGCCAGCAACAGCAGUAG